GUUUACUGCGCCAGUCGCCCUCAGCCUCGCUCCGGUGCCCCGUGGUGACCUACAACGCCACCCUCAGCGCCCUCGGCGGCGCAGCAGCACCGGGCGCCCUGUGGCGCCGCGCGGUGCAGGUGCUGCGUGAGCUGGAGGGCCACGCGGUGCGGGCGCAGGUGAUUUCCUUCAACUCG